CCAACGACAUAUUUUUCGCUUGCCUUACAAAGUCCCCUCUGCCAGUAAAAACCAGCAUAUUUGUUAUGGUAACAUAUACAUAAAAAAAAUAGAGGGUGAAAAAAAAAAAAAAAAAACACAGCUUCGCCAAAGCCAUUGUUCUUCCAAUCGCAUCACCGCCGUUCCACCCUAGCCAAAGUACAACUAUUAUUUCACUCCCUGGACUCAGAGUACAAUACCUUUAUCCAUCUUAUCUUUGCUUCCCAUCUUGUCUUGAGAUGGCAAACGGAGACCCUGUCCCCGGUAGCCUCUACAUUUAUGCUCCUAACAAAGCGGCGCCUAUUAUUUUCGUCGUUGCUUAUGGCGUCUCGGCUAUCGGUCACAUCUGGCAGUGCUAUCGCUAUAAAAGCUGGAAGCUGCUUGGAAUGCACCCACUCUGCGCCGUUUUGUUCACAGCUGGGUACGCGGUGCGGGAAUACGGAGCAUACAACUAUAUCUAUACUAGCAAGAACGUCUUGAUUGCCUACAUCCUGAGCCAGGUAUUUAUAUAUGUAUGCCCACCACUUCUUGAACUUGCCAACUAUCAUAUCCUCGGCCGAAUACUUUACUACGUACCAUACUUCGCACCUCUUCCUCCUAGCAGGGUCUUGUCCACGUUUGGCGGCCUACUGGCACUCGUUGAACUAUUGAACUCCUUAGGGGUAGCCCUGGCCUCCAACCCGGCAUCAGCACCGAGUCAACAACACCUGGGCAGCAGCUUAACACUAGCCGCUAUCGGAAUACAGCUCGGUGUCAUCGUUAUUUUUAUCGGCAUCGCCGGCAUAUUUCACUAUCGCUGUAUAAAAGCCGAGGUACAUGCAAAGGCAGUGUCAACGCCUCUUAUUACUCUUUACGUCAGCAUGGUCUUCAUUGCCAUCCGAUCUAUCUAUCGCUUGGUCGAGCAUGUGGGCAAUACGAACGUGGACCUCGACGAUCCCGAGUCGCUAAAAACCCUUAGCCCACUCUUGCGGUAUGAGUGGUUCUUCUACGUUUUCGAGUCGACACUCAUGUUCCUCAACUCUGCCCUCUGGAAUAUAUGGAACCCUGGACGGUAUUUACCAAGGAACUACCACGUUCACCUGUCUCAGGAUGGCAUGACUGAGGUAGAAGGAGAGGAGGACGCUGAUGAUCGGCCGUUCCUGGCCAAAGCAGCACACAUAUUUACCUUUGGACUUCUCUUUCGAAGAAAGCGUUCAUAUCAGUCGACCAGUGAGCUCAAUAAUUUCUCGAUGGCAGAUCACCAGGGCUCAGCUGAAUCAUGCCACCGUCCUUGAUUGAUACUAGUCCACCUUUUUUCUCCCCAGGGCUUUAAACCCCCGACCCAUGUCAAGGAUCCGUGAGCAGGCACCCGGGGUCGGGGGGUAAGCGUAAGUACAACCCGUGGGCUUAAUGUACUAAUUCUUUAAUACUCUUUUAUACUUAGAUAGUUUGGGAAGAUAAAUUGAUUAUUUAUAAUUGAAUUGAAAGAGCGAGCAGACAUCCCGGCUAGGAUGUACGGGUUUUUGGCAUGGUGGUAUCUUGAUACAGUAAAAAUAAAAUGUUAAAGAGCUGAUAGAAACACCCAUUUCGGGAUAGAAAAUGACUGUCACGUGACGACGCUAGAGCUAGG